CUCCGUUUCCUCCUUCUACAAUUGUCAUUUUAAGAUGUGUGCCUAUGCCAAGAACGGAACCUCCCCCGAGCUGUCAUAUGACGUCAGCUCCAUAUGUCUGAUUCUCCUGGUCCAACCGUUACUUUGGUUGCUAUGGGAGAGCGCGCCCAGGGACUUCGUUUUCCCGUUUCCGUCUGAACGUGCACAUUUCCCUGCGAUGGCUUGGUAUUCCACGGGCAAGGAGAUGGGCGGCCAUACGUCCACCUUUGGUUAUCCUGAUGGGACCGAUGUGCAAUAUCGCGGAUCCACCCCCGGGCUCGGAAAUCCCACAAGCGGACCGUUACAUACAAUCGGCUGGUCACUGACCAUACAUCUAUCUCAAACUACGUCUAAUCCACCUAAAGAUGCGAACCUGAGCACCCGGAAUUCAACAGUAACGUCUGGGCGAGCCGAGCGGGAAAACAAAAAAAGGGGUGUAAAUGCCAUACAGCAUGAAACAGCAUGCAAUUCCGUAUACGAGGAGGUUGUGCAAUCGACGGCGUGAGAACUUGGCG